CCCUCCCCGCCGCUCUUUAACGGAAACUCUGGUCUCUUCUCUCGUUUGCACGCUCCAGCUCGUCCUAGCUAAUCAGUCGUCACUGAAAGCCUCUCUCUCGAGUUCCCACCCCUCCCCCACUCUGCUGUCCUCCAUCCAUCCUUGUCCCUCACCGGCCGUCCGACAUCAGACCGACCGAACGUCAACGGAGGUACCUAGGCUAUGUACAUGGUCCGUAAAGCAAAAUAAUCCCCAGUACCUACUUCCGUCCACCACCACCACAAGCAGCAGCAGCAGCAGCGUCCAAUCGAAUACGGCGCCAUGGAUCCUCCGAUGGAAGAGGCCCACACUCUUAUUGCACCACGACCACCCUCUACCCCGCCUUACCGCACGCCGACGCCCGAACCACGACUGCCGGCCCACGCCUCGGCCACCAGCGCACACGACCACGUGAUGUCGCCCAAUGACAACCGCAACCGCAACUGCACACCUUCGUCGGACCUGAGCUCGCCGCCCGUCUCGAUUUCCCGUCGCUCGCGCAGUUCCUGCGCCCGCUCCAGCACGUCGCUCAAUUCCUCCGACUCGGCGCGCUCUGACUCGGCCCAGACUCCCGCGUCGACGGUGUCCAGCGGCGGCGACGGCGGCGGCGCAGGUGACGGCGGUUGCCCGGCUUUUGCGCCGACACAGUCAAAGACCAUCGUGGCCGAUGGUGUCAAGUUCGAUUCGUGGCCGGUUGCGGCGAGGCCCGAUGCGCCGACGCUCGGCGACGAGCCGAAGAGACUGCCCGACGGGAGUGUCAAGCCGAGGACGAAACGGGAGGCGGAAGAUCAGUUGGAGUUCCAGUGGCAGAAGAAGAGGAAGCUGGCGCUCAAGGAGAAGAUUUUCGAGAACUCUGGAGACGAGGCUGUGGGUUGCACAACAAAAUUCGAUAUGGAGGGUAGUGUCCAUUUCGAUGGAGAACCCCUGCCGGAAUGGCUGAAUGCCGAGCGGGAGUUCCAAGAUGACGGCAGGCCGGGCACGUUCAUCGUUCGGCCCAGCAAGGAGGACUUUGAGAUGAGAUGGCCGGAGAUCUUGCAAACACUGCAACCGUUCGGGAUGAGGCUGGGCAUCGUGAAACUGGAGAUUCCGCCAGAAUGUCUUGGUAAGGUGAUGCCUUACAGCGAGUGGGUGGCCACAAGACCGCCUGAGGUGGCUCUUCCGCCACCGCCGAAGCCGAAGGCUGCACGAAAGGGCCGUCCUCUAAGGGGCAAGGCACAUCAUGGACGGAAGGGCUUGUUCUCCAAGCAGAGCAGCUGCACACCAGCACUGGAGUCCGAGGCCGACAUGCCGGCUCCAGAAGUAGAGGGGCCACCGCCACGACCGCCACCACCGGAUCCGAUGGUGUACGAAAUGAGCCAGCAUUUACCCCUUCACCUCAACUCCAAACACCAAUAUGCGCCCAUCUACGAAGUGAUAUCAAAGCGCAAAACGCUAGUUCCUAUAUCCUCGUUCCCGCACGACCUCGACGAAAACUCGCAGAACCUUCGUAUUCCGGAGGAAACAAUGCUGAAGCGCGGCCGCGAAUGGGCCGACAUAGUGAAGCAGAACCCUGGCGGCGAAGUCUUCUACUCAUCGGACAAUGAUGUGACGGAAGAGCUCCGCGCCUACCUUGGUCUCGUGGACCCGAAACUCGACAAGCUGCCGGGAAACCACAUAUUUGACAGUACGGAGACUGUAAUAGGAAUACACACUCCCUACUUGUACCUGGGCAACGCAUACACGCUGUUCGCACUGCACCAAGAGGACUACUGCGCGCUCUCGCUCAACUUCCACCACAAGGGCGCCCCAAAAAUGUGGCGCGUCACGUGUCCGCUCGAUUUCGACAAGGUGGAGCGAAUAGUCGCGCGGAACCAGGACGAGGCGCCCGGCGAGAAGCUGUGCUCGCAGCAUGUGCGCCACGCCAGCCUGUUCCUGUCGCAAGGGAUCCUGGAGCUCGAGGGAGUCCGCAGCAUCCUCGUCCGCCAGAAGAAGGGCGAGAUGAUCAUCACGUGGCCGCUCUCGUAUCACCAGGGAUGGAACGAGGGCCCAAAUAUCUGUGAAGCUAUCGCUUAUGGAAGCGCGGUUUGGAAGAAGACCUUCGUUGAGGACGGGGAGAUGAUGUAUCGUACCUGCGGAAGGAGGUGCAUCACCCGCGGCAUGGGCAUACCGAUAGAGUUGGACUUCACGAAGACUAAGACAUCCGCUGCCGCCGCCGAUGAGGCUGCUAAACUGCAGGCGGACGAGGAGGUGGACGCGAAGAUGGAGGUGGAGAUGAAGGUGGAAGUGGAGGUGGAGGUAUGA